CCCUUUUCUCAACAUACAGCAUUUGUACAAUUGCUUUUACCUGUUUACUGUGUGUAUAAAAUCUCAAGUAUUCUUUGUUUAUGACAUUCCUGGCGUACAGUCUAAAUGUUGUGACGGUACAAAGCGAAGGAUGAAAGAGUCUUUGACGUAUCUACUUGUGUUUGUGCUAGCAAUAAAUGUUGCAAAAACAGAUGUCAGGAUACACGACGCCAUUUCCGGGAAGGGAAGACAUGCUGAGAAUGUUGGUUUCGGUGAAUUAUUUGCAGGGACAAUUAAAUCUGAAAAAAGUGUUCGCGCGUGUAAUUCAAAUGAUGUAACUGAUUUCAAUGCGUAUAAAAACUGUAUGUCAAGAUAUUUUGAUACUGAAGUAACAAAGAUGGAUCAUGGAUCUAAAUAUACAUGUGCGAAAGUAGAAUUAACAGCGACGAGUUUUGAUUAUAUCCCUGAAAUAUGCUACAAUUUGAAAGGCGCGUUUUGGUAUGGCGGGGCAGAAUUACAGUAUCAGAGAUGGCCAAUAAGAGGAACUUCACUACCAAUGCAACCAUAUGUUACCAAUGACAUUGUUCCACUUAAUCAAUCGUUUGGGAAUGUUAUUGAGCGCUACUGGAUUAACUCCAAGGGUAUAGGUAUACGUGUUGACGAAAACGUUCCCCUCUCAGUCAGUUUUAACAACAGUAAUAAUCAGAUUUGUUUCCGCGCAAAUAACGCGCGCAAUUAUAUAUCUGCAAAUGAAGUGGGAAAACAUGCUUCUCUAGUGUAUGAGAUGUGCAAAGCAACUAAUGUCAAAGAAAUGUUUAUGUUGUUUUCUAGUCGUCCUGCCGGAAAACCAGAUUCGCGAAUGAUCAAGUCACCAAUCUGGUCAACAUGGGCGAAAUAUAAAGUCCAUAUUGAUCAAUCGAAAGUGUUGCAAUAUGCAAAUGAAAUUGUCGUAAACGGUUUUAGCAAUUCCCAAAUAGAAAUAGACGAUAUGUUUUCAACUCACUACGGCGAGUUUGAUUUUACUCCGAAAAAGUUCGAAAAUCCGAAAGAUAUGAUAAAGAAAUUAAAAGAAAAUGGUUUUCGUGUAACUGUUUGGAUAACACCAUUUGCUAAUCUUGAUUCACCAGCUUUUCUUGAAGGGAUGGAGAAAGGAUACUGGUUGAAGGAUUUCAAAGGACAGGUACCUGCUCUUGUAAAAUGGUGGCAGGGUGUAGGAGGGAUACUAGACGUUGAGAACGACGAAGCUAUUAAUUGGUAUAUUGGCCGUCUUGUAAGAAUGAAAGAGGAAUAUGGGGUCGAUUCAUUCAAGUUUGAUGCAGGCGAAGUAACCUAUUUACCGCCGUUUCACGAAUACUCGGAUACAUGGUCAGAUCAGACUUUAUACACAACAAAAUAUGUGGCAGCAGUGAGCAAAUUAGGGCCUAUGAUAGAGGUCCGUUGCGGUUAUCAAUCCCAGAAAUACCCCGUAUUUGUUAGAAUGGGUGACAAAGAGUCGAGAUGGGGUUUCGAUAACGGACUCCAGUCAGUCAUUCCCACAGUACUUACUAUGGGUAUACUGGGAUAUCCCUAUAUACUCCCUGAUAUGAUCGGAGGGAAUGGUUACGUGUACGAUGACACUGUCGAGAAUCCCUUUAUAAAUACAGAACUUCCAGACAGAGAGUUGUACAUUCGAUGGCUUGAAUUGACGGCCUACAUGCCAGCUAUGCAAUUCUCAUUCGUUCCCUGGCAGUACGAUAAAGAAGUUAUCGAAAUUGCAAGAAAGUAUGUGAAGAUACACGAAGAUACCGUUACACCUAUUAUAAUAGAAGCAUCUGAGAAAUCACAGAAAACAGGAGACCCCUUGAUCCGUCCACUGUGGUGGAUAGCGCCUGACGACACUGAUGCACUCGAGUGUGAAACACAGUUUCUCGUCGGCGACUAUCUGCUGGUCGCACCUGUUGUAGAAAAGGGGGCCAGGCAAAGAGACAUUUACCUACCACAAGGUGUAUGGGAGGACGCAAGAAAGGGAGAUACACUAAAAGGAGGGAAAUGGCUAUUCAAAUAUAUAGCAGAGCUUGAUGAGGUUCCUACAUUUACACUGAAACAUUGAAACUCGUAUACGCAACGAAAGUUUUGAAAUUCAGUGGUUUUUUUUAUCAAAGACAGAUGUCGAACUGAAUUAUGCUUAUCACAUAUUUUCCACAUACUUCAAUGUUGGUGUCUAUUUCUUAGCGUAUCCAGUGUGAUCAUCUAAAUGCAAGAAUUUGCUCACAAUGCGACUAUUUACGGAAACCGUUAAGGAGCUGUAGAUAUUAAAUACGGACAUUUCUCUCGUUUUGAUUUUGUCAUGAUGACUUCUGGGUGGAAAGAGUAAUGAGCUUACAGGUGUUCCCGAUAAACUUAUCUCAAAAGCAAAAUUAUGCAUGUGUUUUGUUAUUGGAAUAAAAGUCGGUGUGUCCUUCAACCUGUCUUCUAUACGUAAAUAUUGUUAAACAAGAGUGGCCUGUAUCAUUCACGAGAGUUUCAGCCAAAGUUCUUUAAAUAUGGGGAAACUAGACAAAGCUACCGGCAGCAAAUGUUUUUAUUUGACAAAUCAUAUUGGCUUAUAACAGUUCUGAAAGGGUUAUCGAUGACCCAUAACUGCUUCAAAAUCAGACUAGGAGGAUACGGCUUUUAAAGAUUUUUUUUUCAAUUUUUAGCGUCCAUGUUUUUGACAAAUCGGAAUAUCUCAACAAUCCUGUUAAAAGGGCACUCAAAUAUGCCACUCUUAAAUUGUUUCAAACUCUGCCAGCUUAAGAUUUUUUAGUUCAUCUCAGCACAAAGUGCUCAUGGUGAGCUAUUGUGAUCACGCCGUGUCCAUCCUACGUGCGUGCGUCCGUCCGACCGUGGUGAACAAUAUCUUUAAACGACAUCUCCAUCAAAACCACUGAAUGGAUUUUCAAAAUAAUGAUCAGUGGGCGACCCUCUUUCAAAGUUGUUAAAAUGGUUUCGGUUCAUUGAACAAAUGGGUCACUAUGGCUAAAAUUAUGUUUUCAACUAUCAAACAUUUAAAAAAAUCUUCUUCUCUUAAUCCAUAUUAGCCAGAGCUUUGAUAUUUGGUAUCUGAUAUCAGGGUUUGGCUUUCUACCGCAAUUGUUCAAAAAAUAUUGUCCUAGUGUCAAAAAUGGCGACGCACCUGUGUGUGACAUGUACUUACUAUAGGCUUAAUCCAUAAUAGCUAGUCGUGAUAUUUUGCGUGUGAUACCAGUGUUUGACUGUCUGCCGUAAUUGUUCAAAUUAUUGCCCUAGGUUCAAAAAUGGCCAUGCCUAUGUUUGUGACAUGUAUAUAACAUAUAAUAAUGUAAAAAAAAAACUGAAUAUCUUCUUUAGAGCCUUGAUAUUUAUAUAAUAGAAAAGAAAAAAGUGGAAACUCCACAGGUCGCUCAACACGACAAAAUCGAAAGUUUUAUUUAAGCCUGCUCAGGGACAGUAGUUAAAAUACUCUUUACUUGUACCUUUACGUUAUGCAAACACACUUGAAACCUUUAACACAGGUGAGCGAUUUAGGGUCGUUGACCCUCUUGUUUGUAAAUUUCCUACUAAAAAUGCGGUAUAGAACACCGCAGUGUCCAUACUUUGACAGCUCUAAAUAAUUUGUACAAAAUUAGGAGAGGGCUAAUCACUUAAUUGGAAAAACUGUAUUGUUUGAAGAUUUUUUCCAUUUUAGCUAUGAUUCCAUUUCAUAAUACGAAUCAGAAUAAUUUGUAUAUUAUCAGAAAAGUAACCACUCACUCUGGUGGGCAUUAGAAUAAUCUGAACAAUAUUGUUAGAGGGUCACCAAAGGAAUAAUUCUGAAAACUUAUUUUGAAAUUGGUCCAAGAGUUUCUGACAAGAAGAAUGUUAUUUUUUUCUGUUGUCAUGACCACCGCAUUUCUGCAUGUAAUUGAUUUCUUUGCGGACCACGAAAGUAAUGUUCUUAUAAAGUUUGGUUGAUAAUGGCAGUUUGGUAAUGGUAGUUUGCAAGAUGAUGUCGUUUGAAGCAUUGUUGACAGGCAAUGGACGAACAAAGGGGGCGGUCAUUAGGUAAUGGAGGAAAGCUCAUUUGUGCACUGUGCUCAGGUGAGCUACUGAAAAUAUAUAGAAUUUAGUCAAACAUACCGUUUCAUCUUGGGGAACUUGUAGAAAGUAAACGUCUUAUUUUGAAAAUAGAAAGAAAACAAUCUUACCUGCUGCAUAGACAGCUGAUCUUUGAUGUACUGAGUGGAUAACUCCUGCAAAAAUAAAAACAAUUCAUCCUACAGUAAUAUGGGUCCCACAUAUUCAUACGCAAAUACUACAGACUACAGAAAGAUUUACACAGUUUAGUUAUAGAUACUGACCAAAAAAGAUAUAUAUAAUCGAUUUUAAGGUAUCCGAUCCAUGAAUAAGCAAGUUCUAAUACAAUACUAUUAAAAUAUAUCAAAUAUUGAUGCCUGGUAAGCUCAUAUAAUUUUGGUAUCAUUUGAAAGGAAAAGAAAAUAAUAUUAUAAAUUAUAGUCUUCAAUGAUACUUCAUCAGAAAAACAGUAAUUACAGUGUAAGAUUGAUCAUUUCGCAGUUAAAACUUGCCUGUAAAUGAUUUUAGCAUAUUAUUAAUAGUCAUUUUAUUUACUAAUUCUUGUUCACCAGACACAACUAUUUCAAAUGAAACUAAAUAAACAUGGGGCAUAAACACCAGGCAUUGAAAUUUACCUAUUUGCGGAUCGGGAUACCUAAAUUAUUGGCUAUAAUUUGCGGAAAACAAAAACAACACAUAAUACACUGUCCAAAACAUUUUCAGGUAAUAUUAUCAGUAUUAUCAUGUUAGUAUCUUUCACAAAGUCUCCUUGUCAAAACCGCUUUUGAAACGUCUGUUGUUACUUUGAUGUUUCCAGUACCAGGUCAGGUUAUUUCUGUUGUCAGCUGGAUGUUUAGACUUUCUGGGCUGAAGUACCAUAUAAUUCAACUCCGCAUUCAUUCCUUUGAGAGUGAAAACUAAUCCAACAUUUGUAUACAUACCCCAUGGGUGUAAUAGCAAAAGGGAUGGCGGUAGAAUCACUGAAUUGAACCUCUAUGUCCCAACCAGCAUUCUAUAUCGGCCCGAUAUCAAACCGACGUCGUUGUCUAUAACGGUCCGAUAUCGGCUUCAAUUUCGGCUGCAAAUAGGAAUGAUGUCGGUCCGACGGCGAUAGACGGUAUCCGGCCAACAUCAUAAUGACAUUGGUCCGAUAUUGGCAAACGAUAUUUGGCCGACAUCAGAAUGAAAUCAGCCCGAUAUUGGCAGAUCAUAUCGUGGUCGCGAAACAGUGUGACACUCAGUGCUUUAUCUAAGUUUUCUUAAAAUAUACACUUUAUAAAUUCUCCGAGUUAUUUUCUUGAGAACCGUUGUGUCUCGCAUCAUAUGUAUGAUGCUUAUUUGUUGUAUUUUUUAAAUUAUUGAUAUCUAUCUAUUUUAAGUUUAGUUACGGUCCAUCCAUUUAUUUUAAACAUAUUUACAUUUUCAAUUUUUUGUAAAUAUAAAUAUUUCUAUGGCGGUAUUUUACAUAAAAAUAAUAAUGCAUCUUAAUUAUUACCUCCCUUUAUUACCUAUAAAAUGUUGAUAAAUACCGUUUGGAAGCUAGUUUGAUUAAUUCUGGCAUACAACAUGUUUGCUUAAUAAAUUAGCACAUAUAAACAAUUAGAUUACUCUUUCACGUUUAUCAAUAAUAUUUUGAAAAAUAUAGUUAUAUUAGAGAAUCCAAUAUCGGCCCGAUGUCAAUCCGACGUACGAAAUAGUUACACUUACUGAUGUCGAUCUUCCGAUUUCAAUAUUUGGCGGCACUACAACGACCCGACGUCAGCCCUGUAUCGGCACAUUUUGCCGACAUUCCGACAUUAUACCUAUAUCGGGCCGAUAUAGUCAUGCUGGCUGGGGUGCAGCCCGACUGAGCGUACCAUCAAACUUUUGAAUUUCGCUUCCGUAUUUCUUGAUUUGUGCAGUUCAGGGACCUCCGUGCCGAGUGGUUAAGGUCGCUAACUUCAAAUCGCUUGCCACUUAUCAAUGUUGGAUCUGACCUUUUCUGUUUCGUAGAAUUUUUCAUGUGGGGAAGCCAUCCAACUGGCAUACGGAAGGUUGGUGGUUCUACCAAGGUCCAAGCCUGUGAUGAAAUAAUGCCCGGAGGGGCACCUGAAAUCUUCCUCCUCCAUUAACAGCUGAAAGUCGCUAUACGAUCUGUGAUUCUGUUGGUGUGAUGUUACUCCCAACAAAAAAUGAUUAGUCUCUUAAUCUUUUUGACCAAAUUCAUCCACUAUAUCGUUUUCAGUAUCUCAGCAUUUGUGUAUACUGUUCAUUUUUCUCAUGCGAGUUCUCAUACCUUGCAGGUUCAGUGAAAGGUAUCAUUUUUAUCUACGUUUAAAAAUUGUAUUCAUUAUUAUCUGUACAUAUUCUUUAGAUUGUUCCUCCCUAAUCUGUUGUUUCCGUAAUAUUCUCUUCUUAUCUACAGUUUAUACAGAUGUGUACAAAUCGUAUGGCAAUUUUGUCACAACUUUUUUUCUUCAAAGUUUUCCUCUUUAUGUUUUAUCACUCACUGUAAUGGCCUUUGUCACCUUCACAUUUCAUAUAGUUUGUUGUUACGCUUUCUUUAGUCUAUUUCUUUUAUUACAAAUAUUUGAUAUCGAGCAAACAUAAUUAAAAUAGUGUAGCUUUUAAAAUGUUAUCAAACGCUUUCCUGUAAUUUUCUCUUACUUUGUGUUUUAUAGAGUUUGUGUGCGUGUAUUAUAAAUAACAUUUAUUCCUUAAAGGCGGGGCGAAAUUUUUCCCAGUAACAGAAUUUCUUUCAACUUUGAAGGGGUUGACAAGGGGGAUUUAAGACGUACCUUAGAAUUCCCUGUAUAUGAGAUUGGCGGAUUUUUUCCCAAUUAUAGUAUUCCUUCAAACUUUGGAUAUUGAAGGACAAUCAUCUAAGAAACAUUUUUUUCCUGAAAAAUGCCGUUUUCAAGGGCAGAUAACUCAUUUUAAAUACCGAUGACCUAUGAUUUUUAUUGCAUAUUUUUGUUACUUAGAUGGUUGUCCUUCAAUAUCCAUAGUUAGAAGAAAAACUAUAAUUGGGAAAAACAUCGCCCAUCUCAUAUACAGGGAAUUCUAUCUUACGCCCUUAAACCCUUGUACAUACGUGUAGCUUCUUAGGUUGCAUAGAAUUUUUAUUAUAUCAUACUAUUCCAUGUUGCUUAUAACAAUAGGGAUAAGUGUGUUCAUUGUAUGUUAUUUUAGAUCAUGUUUUAUGUUACAUAUUAAGGAUAAAAUUUCAAAUCAUUAUGCUAGCGGAGCGAAUGUUAGACUGACUGUAGUCAAACAUGUCAUUCUUGUUAAAUAAAGUUUUUAUUAUUAUCAUUA